UCUUUGAUAAAAAUGAGAAUAACUUACGGAUGCAAAUAUAUCCAUUGUCCAGUCUCAUUCUGAAUUAACAAAUCAAAACCAACAGAACGAAAAAUAGUGAAAGUUAUAUAUUGAUAUAUUGCUGGAAUAUUAGACACAUAAUCAAAACAAAAAUCUGAGUUUACAUUAGGCAACAAAAUAGCUAAAAAAUAACAACAGAUUUUAUUUACCAGAGAAGAAGAAAAGGAGAAACAAAACAUACCACCACCUACCUACCUACACUGAUAAAAAGUACUAGAAAGUGCGAAAGUGCUUACCUUAUCAUCGAGUCGACGUUCUGCCACGCUGCCAAACCCAUACUGUUGGGAAGAUUUUCUAGAAUAGUAUAAAAAAGUGACCAGUACCAUUUUGAUGUAUUGCCAAUCCUGAUCCUUGCAAAAACUUGUUGACACCAUGGUAGUAUCAUUGCCCGAUAUUAUGCUCAUGGGAGGGGAGAAAAAGCUAACAGCUUGUUUGCUCUUACUGCUCUUGGAAUUAUUUUUAGAAGGUGCCGAAUCUGUUCCUAAUUCAGCAGACAUAGAAAAUCAUUUAGAAAUGGGCAGACAAUUUCUAGCACACAAUCAACUGAGUGAUGCAUUGACACAUUAUCAUGCAGCAGUUGAGGGAGAUCCCAAUAACUAUUUGACUUUGUUCAAGAGAGGAACGGUAUACUUGGCAAUGGGCAAGACCCGCUUUGCAAUUCAAGAUUUUACUAGAGUUUUGGAACUGAAACCUGAUUUCACUGCUGCAAGACUUCAACGUGGCACGGUUCACAUGAAAAAUGGAGAAUAUAAUGAAGCCGCUGAGGACUUUGAACAAGUGCUAUAUGAAGAACCCCAUAACGCAGUAGCCCAUGAUAGUUUUUCACGUAUUGAUCCAGCCGAAGAGCAGUGGCAACUGGUACAAGAUCUUAUUGCACGUGGUGACUAUCGUAAUGCUAUACCCAUGUUAACACAAUUGUUGGAAAUUUCACCUUGGAGUGUGGCUUUUCGUCAAGCUAGAGCAGAUGCCUACAUAGAAAUGAAUGAUCUCUUGGCAGCAAUAUCAGAUCUGAGAUCAGUAAAUAAACUUUCACAGGAUAGUACAGAAGGUUAUUAUCAUUUGGCUUUGUUGCUGUACAAAAUCGGUCAUGCCACCAGUGCACUCAAGGAAAUACGUGAAUGUUUGAAAUUCGAUCCAGAACAUAAAGAUUGCUUUCCAUUCUAUAAGAAACUGCGUAAAGUCGAGAAGGGUUUAACGAAUGCGGAACUUUCACGCGAUGAAAAACAAUAUCAAGACUGUAUACAAUCUGCCGAAUCGGUUCUAAAACACGAAAAGGAGGAGCAAAUGAUAAUCUUUGAGGCCAAGCGUAUUUUAUGCACAUGUCAUAUGCAUGAUGAAAAUCAUGGCAAAGCCUUGGGCUACUGUAAGGAUGCGCUAGAUAUAAUGCGCGAUGCACAAAUUCUCUGUGAUCGGGCCGAAGCUUAUCUCGGCUCUGAAAUGUAUGAUGAUGCCAUACAUGACUACCAGGAAGCCUUAAGCAUAGAUGAACAUAUGCAAAGAGCCAAAGAGGGCAUAGAAAAAGCCAAAAGACUGCAAAAACAAGCGGAACGUAGAGACUAUUAUAAAAUUUUAGGAGUUAAGCGUGAUGCAACAAAACAAGAGAUUACCAAGGCCUAUCGUAAGGCAGCUCAAAAAUGGCAUCCUGACAAUUUUCACGACGAUGAGAAGAAGAUAGCCGAAAAGAAAUUCAUCGAUAUAGCAGCAGCUAAAGAAGUGUUAACAGAUCCCGAAAAACGAAAACAAUUCGAUCAGGGACACGAUCCCCUUGAUCCCGAGGGUCAACAAGGUGGUCAUGGUUUCCAUGGUGGUUCGCCAUUUGCCCACUUCCAUCACGGGUCACCGUUCCAGUUUAAGUUCCACUUUAACUAACCUUUCCUACGCUCACAUAAUACCCCCGCCACACACACAAACACCAUUAAAUACAAUGAAGAUAAUUAAAGGCAUCCUAAGCUUAAUCUAUUAGUCAAGUUUUGUUAAAUAAGUUUUAGUCAUAGGUAAAACGUAGCUACCCCUUCCCAUCCUUCUUACAACUACUUGUUGAUACUUUGCCUUCUAACAAUGGCCAUUUUUUUGUAAUAGAAAAAGCAUUUAUUGUAUAAUGUUCUUCUUCAUACUAUUUUGGCUUAUUAAUUCCUAUUCUUUUGUAUAAUAAUUGACAGAGACGGCAUUUUGUUGUUUGGUUUCAAUGUGAUUUAGAUCUUCUUUUAAAUGAACCUAAUAUUUUCAUUUUCUGCUUUUCAAUCAGCAACCAAUCAUCUUUUGUUUGUUCUUCCGUCUAGGAAGUGAAGAAAAACAAAUUGCCAUCAUAUCAGUUUAAUGCAUAUUUGUUUUUUCCCUACAUCGCCCUGCUUUUGUUUUGUUAGUGUAAAUAGUUAAUUUAACUAGGAUAUAUGAAAUGAAAAAACAAAAUUAUAAUUAAAAAAAUACGCAAAGAAUUAAUUAAUUAAUUUGUACGACAAAAAGUAAUUUAUUAAAAUAAAAGAAACAAUCAAACAAAAUAAUGAUAUUCAAA